ACAAUGAACCUAUUUAAAUAAGAUUAUUUCUUACACGAUAUUCUAUUCUCAGUCAAUUCGAUUGGGAGAGUCGAUUGAAAUCGACGCUCUUUUAAUUCCACUUUUGCCACUUCGAAAAACUUAAAGAUUGAAAUAGGUUUAGAAUGUUCCGCCUUAGAUGAGAUGAGUCUAUACAGUUCGUUUCGUAAAGGAUCACUUCAUGCCAUUCAUAUAGAGCUACUCCACUUCCUCUACAAAAGCAUAAAUUUUAACGCUUUUUAUCGCGGACUAGAUUACACGAAGAUGCGUUACACGGAUUUCAAAAUCCGUUGUAUCGAGGAGGGGCGGACAUUCGGUAGAAAAUUAGAGUCUUUAACUUCCAUUAUCCGUAAGUAAAAUACAAAGAAGACAUCCCAGAAAGUCCUCGUUUUAUCCAUCAGGAGUCCCGAACUACUUUUCUCAUAUCCAAAUUUCACUCAAACUUUUCCUCAAGAUGUCACCGUAGGCCCUUCCAAACUGUCUUCAACCUUGCACAGAGACUCAUCCUAAUCAUGACCCCAAACAAUAGACCACAAAAGCCCCCGAAGCUACGACAUGCUUGUAAUGAAUGCCAUGCGUCUAAGGUCAGGAAUAUUCAACAUCCUCCCCGGUCCCUUCAAAAUACUCAUUUCGAGUAGGUCAGAUGCAGCGGAGAACGCACAGGAUGUCGCCGUUGUGUAUGCAACCAACAAACAUGCACCUACAGUGUUUCCAUGGUGGGGAAAGUUCAAGGCCAUCGUAGGCGGACAUCCCCUAAUAAGGAUGCAGCAAUUACUGGUGCGGACUCUAGGCAAGUGAGCCUAAAUAAGUUCAUAGUCACCCAAGCCCUAGGGGCCGACCGCUGACAAUUUUAUAUUAGAUCUGGUGAUCAGACACUGAAUAUUCAAACGCCAAUAGUACCAGUGGCAACUGUACAAGUCAUACAAGACGUUACUGUCAGCAAUAAUUCGAGCAACGAUCAGAAUGAGGUAUCUGUGGAAGAUAGUAUCCAUGUUAGUCGUUCACCAAAGCAAUGCAACUGUAACACUCUUCCGGAGGAAAACCGUGGCAAUUCUACCGUGAGCUCUUCACCCGAGGAUUUCUCGUCGAGGUCGUCAAAUAUGGAGAGUUAUCUAGGCACACCUAUGAUUGAACAUGAAUUCUUAUGGGACUUUGGUUCCGAUGAAGGAAAGGACGUCUUCAACUCGGUAGGACUUGAGAAAACCUCCAGUGUGGGUACUACUAAUGACUCCGGAUAUGGAGAUUCGGAAUUUGAUUUUUCAAUUCAUGAAGUACCCACCACUAUCAACUCCCAUCAUGAUUUCGGGAGUCCCAAGAGGCAAAGAACAAGUCCAGUGCCGACCGCGCCAAUCCCCGAGCCACAUCUCUUUCAUAAACGGCCUCAUUCGGAAUCAUCUGACAAACAACCUCAACAGCCUCAGACGGACACGCCAUGGAUGUCUCAGUCCCAGCUUUAUACGCGCCCAACAUUUUCAAUGCGGCAUCAUAACAGUUACUCCGGAGAGAUAAAUGACUAUUCAGACAAUAGGACUUCGUCGGAUGCAGAUACCGGUUUUAAUCGUGGUUUCAUCUCUCACCCCGCGGCGGGUCAGACAUAUAGAAUUCAUUCUAGUAUGGAUCACAUGUCACAGAAUACACGAGAUGACACCCUCCCAUUUACGGCCCGAUCUCAACACCUACCCUUCCCUGUUUCUGCCCCAAUCACAUCAUCUGAAGCUUCUUGCCGGCUCACGUCGAAAUGCUUCACAAUGAUCAGCAAACUCCAGAAAUUACUUCGAGAUCCUUCGUCACUAUCCCUCGAUGUAAUUCUCGCGACCAAUAAAAGCGUAGUGUCGGAACUAUCCCAAAUGUUCGACAGCACACCGGGACUAAACACAACAAGAGGUACUAGCCCGGAAGACUAUGCAUCCGUUCAUUCUGGGAGCCAGCCCGACAAUAGCUACAAUAUAUCUCCGUCCAUGGAUUUUACGCUUCUCAUGAUCUACGUGAUCACUUUAAAACAUAUCCACGACCUCUAUUCACAAGCAUGCGUCCUGUUCAUGCAACAUGAUCUUACCAAACGAACUCCCUCCACCCCUUCUCCCCGAAACACAUCUUCGAUUCCCAAUUCGCCACCGUCAAAUACAUUUGGACUUCCACAACUCGAUUUCGGUACGUUCAAAAUCGAUAUUGCGGAUCAGAGGAGACUAUUCUCGGAGAUAAUAGCAAAGGAGCUCAGCAACUGUCUGAGUACUUGUACGAGGGUAAGGAGUUAUUUUUUGAUGCAGCCUGGUGAUAUUAGUGCACCUACAGGAUUAAUGGAGGAGACAUUUUUGGUUAUUGAAGAGGGCUUGCAGAGAAUGAUGAAGCAGAUGAAGAUUUGAUGUAUGAGGAUUAGCCAGGCGCGCUAAUAUUAUGAUAUUUAUGACUGUAACGAAACGUCUUCUGUUUUCAACUUUUCCCAUUUAUGGAAUCUUGUUCUGGGUGUUGGAUUAGGAAAUUGAGUCUAUAUGUCUCCUUUUUCAUACUCGCGAAAGCCUUGCAUAGGGCCAGAGUAGAUAUUUGUACAGGGGACGUAGUGUACUGUAGAAUAGUAUAUCCAUUUUACCCAACGUUCAUAUAGAAAUAAGAACUCCCCGUGAGUAUU